AUGUCUCUAGUUUGUCGUUAUAAGAACUGCAGGUACAAUAGAAACAUGUUUCAAGAAAUUAUCAUCUUUCUGGCAUUGCGUAUCACAUUUACAUUUGCCACUAUUUCAAAUACAGUAGAAUCAGUAGACACCAAUCUCCUACUGCCAUCUAAACAGUAUUAUCCAGUAGAAAAAACCAUUUAUGUUCCUUAUAAAGUUUAUGAAGAACAGGAAGUCUACUUUUUUCAUAGAUAUCCAGUUAUCAAAGAAGUACCAGUACCUAUUGCCGUACCAGUAGAGGUACCUAUAAUAAAACAUGUACAAGUACCAUAUCCAGUACCUGUACUCAAAUUAACACCUGUACCAGUACCGAUCAAAGUACCAAAACCUUAUCCUAUUAUAAAAGAAGUGCGAGUACCAGUAAAAAUACCUAUAAAAGUACCCAAGCCAUAUCCCGUUGAAAAAAUUAUUCGCUACCCUGUGAGAUUUUUCUCAAAGAGGCCGGUACCUUAUAAAAUAGAACAACCAGUAGCAGUAACUGAAGAAAAGUUUAUACCGGUACCUGUAGAAAAACCAGUACCGUACCCCAUAAAAGUAGAAGUAUCUAGACCGGUACCGUACCUUGUGGAAAAAGAAGUACUAUAUCCUGUGAAAGUUCCUGUAAAAAUACCAAUACCAGUAGAAGGAGUAAAUGAGUAUUCACAAUAUGAUAAAAGAGAAUAUAUAAAAGACGAUGAAACUGAAACAAGAGUGAAACAUGUUGUACCAGAACAAAAUUUUCUAGAAUCAGUUAGAAAAGAAAGAAUUACAAACAAAAUUACCGAAAAUAUUAGUAACUCUCUUCAAGAUGAUCUACCAGAUAAUCAGAAGAGCAAAACUGAUACAAAUGAUGCCAAAAUAUUUGUUUCUAAUUAUAAAGAUGAUGAAAUAAUUAUCAAGUUUGAAGAUAAAAAUAAUAAAACCGAAAAUAUAGAUGAUAGACGAUUGGAAGAAGCAAAGAAUGUACCAAAUGAUCAUGUCAAAGAAAUACAUGAAGAGAAACAAGAUGUAGAAGACAACAUUAAAAAUAACGAGACAAAUGUGGUUAAAUAUAUGUAUAAAACAAAUAUUCAAAAGAUAAUAUAA